AUGACAUCGUGGAAAUUUCAAGCGAUACACCGUAACGAUGCGGACUACGAAAAGGCGAGGCGUGCGUCCGUGUGGAAUGGACGUGUGCCUGACCGAUAUCCGGCGGUGAUCGUCUACCCAGAAACCGAGAAAGAUGUUCAAGCAAUCGUUUUGUACGCGAAAGAAAAGGGUAUGUCGAUCGGAACUAAGUCUGGUGGUCAUUCCUGGACGGCCUCUUUUCUGCGCGACGGUGGUAUUAUGGUCGAUAUGAUCCGCAUGAACAAGUUUAGUUUCGAUGUGAAGUCCCUGACGGCGGAAGCCCAACCGGCUGCUUAUGGCUCUGACCUCAACGCCGCUUUGGGGGAGCAUGAUCUCAUGUUCCCUGGAGGCCACUGUCCGACUGUGGGGCUGGGGGGUUUCCUUCUCCAAGGCGGUUUUGGAUGGAACUCUCGAAAAUGGGGACUUGCAUGUGAGAACGUAUUGGCAGUCGACGUGGUGGACGCCGACGGUAAUUUGAUACAUGCUAGUGCCACGGAAAACCCAGACUUCUACUGGGCUGCUCGAGGCGCUGGGUGUGGAUAUUUCGGUCUUGUGACCCGUUUCUACUUGAAGUUGUACCCUCUGCCAAAGGGUAUUAUGACUGCGCGUUAUGUCUUCGAACGGGAUGACUUCGAUGAAGUGACACUUGCGGUGGAACAGAUUUCAGACAAAAUUUCCGCGGAUCUAGAGAUUGGAAUCUUCAUAGCUCAUGACCAAGAUGGUUUCAAUGGGCGAUGCACGGUUGCUCUAACACUUGACGCGCUCUCUGACACCGAAGAAGAAGCUCAUCAAGCCCUUGAGCUAGUGCAUCAACUUCCCGUCGUACAGAAUAAGUCAAUUAAAUCUUAUCCUUACAUCUCCUGUACGCUCAAGGAAAUGCUUCAGCGAUUUGACGAUAUUCUCGACAACAAAGGACGCCGCUAUGAGACCAACAACAUGUGGACAGAUGCCCCGGUGAAAAACUUGUUGGGGUCUAUGAACGAAAUCAUCGAUCAUCUUCCACCAGCUCCAUCUCAUUUGUAUCUUCUUUGGUGGCUCCCUGUCCGUGAUCGACCUGAUAUGGCUUUUUCAAUGGAGGCCCAAUUAUACGUGGCCCUCUACGCGAUUUCGACCGAUCCUAAAUCCGAUGCGCCCAACUCCAAAUAUGUUGUGAACUCUUUAACCAACAUGGAACCUUUCCGCAAGGGCAUCCAACUGGCAGAUGAGAACUUGCCGGCUCAUCCGGGAAAGUUCAUGCGGACACAGAACUAUGCACGACUGGAAAAGCUGCGACAGAAAUAUGAUCCGGAGGGUCGCUUCUAUAGCUAUAUGCGUAUCCCAGCGGAAUUUAUGACAACACUUGCCUCACUUUGA